AUGGAGGUUCUACACUCCAACUCCUCUUUGCUCUACGUCUCUCUCAGACCCUUUAACUACAGCGGUGGGGAGAAGACGGUGUACGAGCAAUGCAAAUACAUGCCUGCAGCCAUCAUUUGGUACCUGGGCCUGCAGUUUAUUAACAUGUUCCUGGGCAUCCCGGCCAACCUCACGGUGCUGUGGCUCAUCCACAAGAACAAGGGCGACUCCUCCACCUCGGACAUCUUCAUCCUUCACCUGGCGAUCCUAGAUGUGCUCUUCUGCCUCACCCCUCCUCUGGAGCUGGCCAACAUAGUCUUCCUCACCACCAGCAGCACCUGGUACGUCCUGCGGUUCUUCUACGGCAUGAAGGACUCCUCGCCGCUCUUCCUCUCCUGCAUCUGCCUGGACCGCUACAUGGCUGUGGUCCACCCCAUCACCUUCACCGAGCUCAAGGACCGCCAGCACAGAGCGGUCCUGGCCAUUCUGGUCUGGCUGAUCAUCCUGGGCUACGCCUCUGCCAAGUGCGUGGGCAACAUCCACAACUUCGAGAAGGUCUUCACGGCGAUGAUCCUCGCCGCGUUCGCCUUCAUGGUCUUCUGCAACAUCGCCAUUCUCUGGGUGCUGCGGCAGUCUGGGCCCGGCCGAGACGAGAUGCACCCAGUGAAGAAGAGGGCCUUCAAAAUGGUCCUCAUCAUCCAAGCCAUCAUAGUGUUCAACUACUUCCCACCUGUGGCGCUGUUCCCCUUCCAGGACUACUUCUCUCCAGACGUGUUCCGCUGCUACAUCCACUACGUCGCCUUCGGCCUGAUGGACUUCAGCAGCACCAUUCAGCCCAUGCUCUACCUCUCCAAGGAGAAGAUGCCACGGAGCCUCAACUGUUGUCUCACCAGCACGACUCACAACCUACAAGCAUAA